UUCUAUCAAAAAGUCAAAACAAAGUUGCAGAAAAGAAAGUUGUGAAUUCUUAUUUACAAAAAUCAUCAAGUUAUUGAAAAAAUACUUAAAAUUUUUAGUUCGGUACAAUGGAUUGCAAUUGGAUAAAAAUUUCGCCAAGUUUGAGCAAAGGCGUUGGUACGAUAAAUCAGCUAGACGACGCCCGAUUCGAACAGUUUCUUCGUCGAAUAGUUGCAAAGUUGAAACUUCAGACUUCAGAAAUAUUUACAGAAGAUGAAAAAACCAAACUUGAGAAAAUAUUUGGUAUUGACCAAGAAAACUUAGUUUUGAGCAUUAAAACUUUGCAAUACAUAUUUAAAAGAAUGCUGAAAUAUAUAUUUAUGCCUGCCAAUUUGAAAAACGAACUCAAAGAUAUAGGAUUUAAUAAUGAAAAGUCUGAUUCACUGGUUAAAGUUUGGUCAGCAGAGACAAGAACAACUCUUAAUGAACUUGGUUCUACAACAAAUGAAAGAAGUGAUUCUUUGAAUUUUUCAUGGAAAUUAAAUGCUGAAUUAAGUUCAGAUUACCGAAAAAAGUGUAAAGUCCCGAAAGCUUAUUUGUCACUAAGAGACACAAAAGAAACGGAAAUAGAAUUGACCCAUCCUGAGUUAUAUUCAAUUUUUCUUCAAUUUGAAUCCAUUCAGAACGACUUGGACAAUCUAAUUAAAUAAAAAUUUACUGCACCACUUAUUAAAGUGGAAUAGGUAUGAUGUGAUUCUAUGUGAUGGACCAAGACGAUGAUAUUAAUUGUUAUCAUAGUAAAAAAAUCAAAUUCAAAUUAAAAUUCAAACAUUUUGAAUUUUAAUUGAAUUAAAAUAAAAAAUAUCAAGCCUAGAUAUUAUAAAGGCAAUCUUAUAAAACUUGGUCUAAAUGUUAUAUUAGUUAAAAUUUUACUCUACUUAUGUUAAAAAUGCUAUUCAAUCACCAAUUAUGUUCAAUCUUUUUUGUUUGAGGUACUGUUACUGGAUAUGUUAUUAGUAAAUUGUUGAUAUAUAUAAAAG